AUGAGCGGUCCUCUCGCCCUCUGCUGCCUCCUCCUCUCCGCCCUCAGCCUCCGCCUGACCUCCGGUUAUUUAACCGUUUCCAUUGAGCCCCUCCCACCUGUCGUCAUCGGGGACACAGUCACACUCAAGUGCAACUUCCAAACAGAUGGAAACCUCCGAGAGAUUGUGUGGUUUCGGGUGACUGAAGGAGGCAGUGCCAAGCAGAAGAUUUUCACCUAUGAUGCCAUGUACAACACCAGCUACUCCCACAUGGAGGACAAACACAGGCGGGAGGACCUGGUCUACCAGUCAUCUGUGCGGCUCCCUGAAGUCCAGAUGGAGGACGACGGCCUGUACGAGUGCCACGUGGGGAUCUAUGACAGGAGCUCCAGAGACAAAGUGAUCCUAUCCUCUGGCAGCAUCGUCCUCACAGUCAUAGUACCUCCCAAGUCUAUCUCCGUGGUGGCAGCCAAUAGCCCGGCUCCUUUCAGCCGCUACGAGGCCCAGAACUUCACUCUGGUUUGCAUUGUUACAGGAGCAAAGCCAGCUCCCAUGGUGUACUUCAAGCGGGACGGCGAGCUUAUUGAUGUGGUGCCAAGUGCCCAGACACCUGCCUCAGAGGAAGACCAAAGCAAGGUCCCAGGUCAAGAAAAGAGCAGGGGCAGGAGCCAGGUGAGGCCCCGGGGUUCCCAGGCUCUCACCAGUCGAGACCUUGACGACACCAAACUCCAGAAGUCCCUGCUGGAACAAGAGGGGAAGCUGGCUCGGCUGGGCCAAGACGGCCCUGAAGGGCCCGAACAGGGCCAAGAGCAAGUGUCCGAGUCGGACUCCGAGCCAACCACCGAGGUGAUCCCGGAGACGGUGGUGAGCCGGGAGUUUCCCCGCUGGGUCCAGAGCAGCGACCCGCUCUACUACUUCCAGCAUCAGCAGCAGGCGUCAGGUGACGGCACCAUGGAGGUGAGAGCCAUGCUGACCUGGAGCCUCAACCCCCAGCUGGACAACGAGGCCCUGUUCAGCUGUGAGGUCAACCACCCAGCACUGUCCAUGCCCAUGCAGGCCGAGGUCACUCUGACUGCUCCCAGAGGACCCAAGCUGUCCAUGAGUCCCAGCAAGGCCAAGGUGGGAGACACAGUGCGGAUCACAGUCCAGGGCUUCCAGCUGGGACCUUCUGCAAGUGAGGUCUUCCCUGAGCCCAUUUACACCUGGACCAAGGUGGGCGGGCCUCUGCUGGACGGCAGAGAGGAGCAUAACGGGCGGGAACUCAUCCUGGAGAGAGUUCCUGCUGAACUCAACGGGUCCAUGUUCCGCUGCACGGCCCAGAAUCCUCUGGGCUCCACAGACACUCACACCCGCCUCAUCGUGUUCGACAACCCAAGACUGAAGAAAGGAAAGGAACAUUUUAACGCCAUUGACUCAGGGGCCACUCAGCUCUGCUUCCCCUUCACCUCCAUGUUGCUGCUGCUGAGCUUCACCUGCAAGCUGACGUGAUCCUAGGCUCUGCUGCUCCUCCACACACCACCACCCACAUCUACCUGAGGCACCUGCUCUUUAAUGACCCCCGGGAACAUCAAAAACUCCACCCAGCAGCAACACUCUGCUGGAACGUUACAGGUGCGGCAGGACCAGGAUCAGGUCCAGAUGCUGUAACGAGCCGUCACAUUGUGAGCUGCUGAAAGCCUCCUCUGCAUCACACUGAGACUGUCUGCAGGGUUCACACUGGAUCCCAGGGAAUAAUGGCAGUCCUGAUAGGCCAGUCUGCACAGCCAGCUCUCACGCUGACAGACUUCACUGCAAGAAGCAAUGCUACAGACAUAAAGGCAUCUCUCAGCUGCACAUGAACAGAUAUGAUCCCGAAUCUGUGGAGGGCAGAAGGAGCUAGAUGGAAGGGCCCUUGUAGGGCUGCAGACCCACAAGGUAUCUAUCGGUCAGGGCCGUUAUUCUGUUGGAUCUGGUGUCUGAGCUGGUUUGUUUGGGUCUCCUCUUUGCCCCAGUCUACAUGGUCUAUGAAGUCUCCCCAUUACUGACAGUGUUUCACCUGCUGAGUGAUGGAGCUCUCUGUUCAGAAUCUUACUGGAAAUGUUAAAAGUUCCUAAUUAUCCCCAACUGUUUAUUCAGAGUAGAACUCUAAGUACUACAUUAUGUUACCUUUUAUAUCUGUUUGAAUCAGACUGAGAGUCUUCAGCCAUGCAGAUGUGAGGCUGUGAGAAGGGUCCAACUGGGGCCUCACGUCUGGGGGGGCCCAGGUCUGCGAGCCAACAUGAAGAGAGUACAGUCCCCACACCUGAGGUCAGCUGUCCUUAUAAACAAAUAAAAAUGUAUUUUCCAGAUUUGAAAAUGUUCUCUGCUCAAGGCUGUCUGUAGUGUUGAAUUAAAGUUUGUGUCCAGCUGAA